AUGACUAGUGCGCUCAUUCCCAGCAACGAAUCAAAACCUAUUUGGGCUCGUCUGAAUGUGUUUGACUUGAACAAAGUCAGACAGUUUCAUGGAUUUGGUAGAAUAGACACUGGUGAUGCUUUCGCUGAUUUGUUGAGUGAUGUCAUCGGUCCAUAUGGCGCUCAAAUAGUAAAAAUCCUUGCUGAUUCGCCUGCUAAAACGGAUGAAGGACUGACACACAUAUGUGCAUCUGGUUUAACCGCACGUGAAUUGAUGCUGCGGGUCGGAUCGAUAUCGCAAGAAGACUUGCGAGCCAAAUUGGCUGAAACCAUUUUACCAUACAUUUCUUCGCCUCCGAGCGAACAAUUUGGAAAAUUAUUCUCAUUAAAGUUUAAUGUCGAUGAUUUAGACGACACGAAAGGUGACAUCAUUGUUGAAGAUCAUGCAAGUGAGAAGGCAAGUUCAUUGAGAAAAAUUAAUGUCUAUUACGCGAAAUGUUUAUUACGUCGAGAAAAUAACAAAUAUCAUAUUAAUGUGGCAUUUUAUCAUUUUAUUUCAGUGAUCCCAUGGCACAGCGUGACUGCAUUAGUUCGAAGUAGGGAAGAGGUCAAAAAAGAAUUAUUGGUGGCCUCUGCUAUGGCAUAUAAUCGAUUACAUCGCCAAUUGAAAGCCAGUUGGCCAGAUCGAAUUGAAUUAAUCGAAGUGGAGGAUCCUUCACAGGUGGAACAAACCUCAUGA